CUAUGGCUGCGGCCGAGCUGGUGGACACGGUCGAGAAGUGCCAGCAGGCCGUGGCCGUGCUGUGUCGGGAGGAGGAGCUCGCUAUCGACCUCGAGGGCAUCGCUCUCAGCCGCGAGGGGGAGCUGUGCCUGAUGCAGAUGUCCGGCCCCGGGGAGUCGACCCCCGUGUAUUUGUUCGACAUUGCGUUCGACGAGGGUGGCUUGAAAGAGCUCUUGGAGUCAGAGAGCGUCACCAAAGUAUCGAAGGUGAAGCGUGCGUACGACGUCCAGGUGCUGUGGCACACGCGCUUCCAGCAUCCGGACGACCGCUACCUCCAGGGCCUCAAGAAGGUGCAGGGCCUCUUCCUGCAGGAGUUUGGCGUGCUCGGCUCCGCGGAGAGCGAGAGGCUGGACGCGGGGAAGGAGGCCGGGGUGCGCCUGUUCGCUCCGGAGUUGGGGGGCGACUACCAGGUGUGGAAGCGCCGGCCGCUGCUGCCAGCCUUGGUGGAGUACGCGGCAGCAGACAUCAAAUUCUUGAUCGGCAUGCGGCGCCAUUGGAUGUUUGCCGACGGGGCGAAGGCCGCCAAGCUCGACGAGUUCGUUCUCUCCGUGACUGCGGCCCGCAUCGAUACAUUCGUGAAUCUGUCCGACCGCGUUGCCUUAGAUCAGAGCAAGAAGAAGUUUCGCGACUUCAACCUCGAUCCUUGCUUCAACGAGACUGGCGCAAUCAGCGCAACGGUUCCCGUGCCUCAGGCAAGGAGGGGCCGAGUCAUUGGCAAGAAGGGCGCCACUAUACAGCAGAUCCAGUCCAGCACGGGAACGAGAGUGAUGCUGGACGAUGGCUUGCCCGCAAUUAUUAUCGGGCAGCCUGCAGAUGUUCAGGCGGCGGUGCAAAAGAUCAGGAAUCUUAUUGCCUGA